ACGCCGUCCCUGGGAAUUGUUGCAUAGCUCUGCAGAGGCCCUGCCCCCUUUCAGUGACACUCUGUCCCGCCCGGGCUCCUGCUGCAUGUUCCGUUACUGGAUCGUUUGGGUGAUCUCUCACAGUGGAUGUGCUGGUCAGGUUAAAAGAAAAGAAAAGCUGAAAAAAUUCUUUACUACAGACUCGUUUAUACAUGUAGGCUUGGCUAGCUUCUUCAUUCAUGUGUUUUUUAAAAUUAGAAAUCAAGGGGGGUUGUGUUGCCAGCCUGACUUGGUGAUGAAAUGUUUGCAUGUGACUAUUUAAAAAAAAAAAAUAAUAAUUAAACCAAAAACCCACAAUACAAAUUAAAAGUGGUGUCAUUUUUUCGUUACUGCUCUUCAUUAUUAUUAUUUUUAUUUUUAUUGUUGCCUGAAUAAGAUUUGGAUCUCUUCAAGCUUUUGUUUUCUUGUAACACUAAUAAUUACUGGGCCAUUUGAAACCCCAAUAAGACACAUCAAGGUGUGUUUUAUUGUGAAACUACCACACAGCUAGGUAGCAGAAUCUAUAUACAGUGCUGGAACUUUGUCCCUUUGUAUGACGUCACAGGGUAAUAUUCUGACAGGUGUCAUGAUGCAUCUGUAAGUCUAAUGAUAAGGUAACCCUAGUCCUCUGCAGUAAUGGAGACUUUUAAACCAUGCCGCUCCUUUGCUCAGGGAAGAGGAAUCCAUGGGGCUGAUGAUGUUAUACCCAGAGCAUUUCACAAACAAAUCAUUUGCAUCAUAUCAGUAACUAGCAGCAAAGCAGCAGGGAGCGGGGACAACGGCAACAGGUAGAAUAGGAGUGACCCACGCAGCUAAAGUCAUGGCAAAGUUCCUUACCCAAGAUCAAAUUAAUGAAUUCAAGGAGUGUUUCUCUCUGUAUGACAAGAAUCGCAAGGGGAAGAUUGUGGCGAAGGAUCUUAUCACAGUGAUGCGCUGCCUGGGGACCUGCCCUACAUUCGGAGAAGUGGACCGGCUGCUUCAGGUGCACAAAAUAGAUAAGAACGGGGAGCUGGACUUCUCCACGUUCCUCACGACGAUGCACACUCAGAUGCAGCAGGAGGACCCCAAGACAGAGAUCACAGAGGCCAUGCUGAUGACAGACAAGAAGAAGAAGGGCUACAUCCUGGCAUCAGAGCUGAGAGCCAAACUCACAGUGCUGGGAGAGAAACUCACCGACAAAGAAGUUGAUGAUCUCCUGAAAGAAGCAAACGUUGGCUCUGAUGGCAUUGUUUGCUAUGAAGAGUUCAUCGCUAUGGCGACCCUCCCACCACCGCAUUACUGAGCUUCUACAGAAACAAUAGAAACACACGCACCUGGGCACUCGCGCUCAGCUUUCACAUCCCUCCGUUUCGUAUCGAUUAUUAAUCCAGCUCUUUCAAAAGGCACUGCGUCCCAUUUCGCAGUCCAGUGUAUCUUCCCACGUAAUCCAUCCCAUCUUAACAGCUUGUCAAGUGAACAUGGAUUCUGGGGUUGUAAUACUGAAUGCCAAUGGAUAUCUAUCUGCUAAUUUGUACUCUAUAUCGAGAUGGGUCACAGAAACUAUAAUAUAUUAACUACAGUUUCACACAAGGUGCAUUUUAUUUCUUUAAAAAGGCAGAGGUUGUUAAAUUAUGAACUGAGGCAGUUAAGAUGGCCUCCCAAAUACACAGAUUUGCAGAACCUAGAUGUAUAAAACUGGCAGUCUGUCAUUUCACUCUGGAGCUCAAAUUAUUUUGUUCACAAGUUCCUUCACAUACCACUAGACAGCCUUGAAUAAACCCAGUGUGCUUAACAUUGCUGCAUGUGUGAAUGGUUUAACAAUAUGAAUAUACAUUUUAUUAUUCCAAAUGUCAUAAGUAUUUAAGUAUAAACCCAGCUGUUGAUUCUUUUACACCUUUAAGAACUAACAAUGCAAAACCCACAGAUCUACAUUUACAAGGUUUAGCAACUAGAAAAAUGUUUAUUUAAAAACAACAACUUUGGAAUUUUA